AUGCUUUUUAUUAGUUUAGUCAGUGUUAUUCUUGAUGAUUCCGAUUCAGAUGAUGAUUUGGAGUUGACAAUAUCUGUCAUAGGAGAGUUGCUUAAUAAAAGAAGGAGGACAUCACCACAUCGCGGUUCAGUUUAUGGUCAUGCCUAUAUAUGGCGUGAUAGAGUUCAUGGGCAUCACAAGCUUUUUCAUGACUACUUUGGAGAAAAUCCUGUAUAUUCUCCAAAUUUAUUUCGAAGGAGGUUUCGAAUGAGUCAAUCUCUUUUUCUUCGUAUUCAAUCUGCUGUAGAAGCUCAUGACCCAUAUUUUGUUCAAAAAAGGGAUGCUGUUGGAUUUUUGGGUUUGUCUUCUCUCCAAAAAAUCACUGCUGCAUUAAGGAUGCUUGCAUAUGGAGUUGCGGCAAAUUAUGUUGAUGAAUAUGUAAGGAUUGGUGAAAGCACUGCAGUUGAAAGUCUUAAAAAAUUUGUUAAAGCAAUAGUUUCAAUUUUUUCGAAGAAGUACAUGACGCCACUUUGGUUUCUUGAUUCAAUUUGA